AUGAUGCUCUGCCUGAAGCUCACGCUACUCACCCUGCUUAUUGCAGCACCUGGUUUGCAAGUUUCUGGAGAAUCUGUGAUUACCUGUGAUGGUGAUGUCCAGCACCUCACUUGUGACUCUGGAGUGAUAAAGGUGACGUCCACUGUGUACGGCCGUUCGGAUAGCCAAAUCUGCAGUGAUGCACCUCACAAUCUUAAGGUUACUGAUACCAGCUGCUCCAGUACCGUUUCCACUAUUGCUGACAGAUGCAAUGGACUAAGAGAGUGUGAGGUAAAGACAGACUUGCUUGGCAGCUCUGACCCAUGCAAAGGAACCUACAAAUACUACACUACCACUUACGACUGCAUCGAUGCCCAUGUAGCUGUGGUCUGUGAGCAUGGCUACCGCACACUAGACUGUGGAGCGGAUACUAUUGAGAUCUUGAAUGCGAACUUCGGGCGUGCUGAUUCUGUAACCUGUUCAAGUGGAAUUCCCAACGGUUUGACCCAGAGCACCAACUGCUACUCUCCAAAUGCACUCUCAACUGUCGCCUCACUGUGCAAUGGAAAGAACAGUUGCACAGUAGAAGCUUCCUCCAUCAUCUUUACAGAUCCUUGUAAACCAACUGCUAAAUACCUCACAGUGUCCUAUACCUGCAUCGCUAAUCAGUGA